AAAUAAAAAAAAGGAAAAAAAGAAAAUACAUUUUUAAAACAAAAAAAAUAAAAAUAAAAAAAAAACACAUAUUAUAAAAAUGGCUGAUUAAUUAACAGAAGAAUAAAUUGCUGAAUUCAAAGAAGCUUUCUCUCUUUUUGAUAAGGAUGGUGAUGGUACAAUUACCACUAAAGAAUUGGGUACAGUUAUGAGAUCAUUAGGUUAAAACCCAACUGAAGCAGAAUUAUAAGAUAUGAUUAAUGAAGUAGAUGCUGAUGGUAAUGGUACAAUAGAUUUCCCUGAAUUUUUAAGUUUGAUGGCAAGAAAAAUGAAGGAUACUGAUACUGAAGAAGAACUUAUUGAAGCAUUCAAAGUAUUUGAUAGGGAUGGAAAUGGUUUAAUUUCAGCAGCUGAAUUAAGACAUGUUAUGACAAAUUUGGGAGAAAAAUUAACUGAUGAAGAAGUUGAUGAGAUGAUUAGAGAAGCCGAUAUUGAUGGUGAUGGGCAUAUUAAUUAUGAAGAAUUUGUUAGAAUGAUGAUGGCAAAAUGAAAUAGAUUUUUUAAAUAAAAAUAAAUAAAUAAAUAAGAUAAGAUAAAAAAUUAAAUAUAAAUUAUUAAAUAUAUAUUUCACAAAUAAAUAUUUUCUUAUUUUUAAAAUUUUUUAAAUAUAAAUAUAUUUUCUAUUU